AGUGUUCGCGUACAAUAUGUGGAUUUAUUGGAUUUUAUAUCACAUGUUCAAUGUAUUAUUAGCGAUAAUACAGGAUAUUAUUUUAGUUUUUUUUAGUAACAAGAGUUAAACUUUAGAUUGUGAUUGUGUAAAGUGUAAUAUGAUCAAUACUGGUUGAACUGGAACACAAAAUCAACAUCGCUCAAAUAUAAUUUUAAUUAAAUACAUUUUGUAAUUAAUAAUGUCGACAAUUUAAAAGAGGCCGCAAUCCACUGCCGUACAAACCAUAAAUAUGCUCCUCUAGCAUUGAAAAUUGGUGCAAAACAAGUUAUUGGUUACAUCUAGAAGGCUAUUCGCGGGGAUAAGUACAUUGCAAUUGCGCGCCUUAUUCAUGUUAUUGGUGAACAGGGUGUUUCUUAUCGUAUGUCAAGCGAGCAGACAACAUUAAUAGGCUAAGAACGAUGAAGGUUCGUGUGUCACGUGCAUAUUUAUUAUUGACGCUUAUGUUGGGAGUGACAGGAAUACUGGCUUCCGUUAUAUAUUUGUAUAACUACGAGGCUUAUAUUAAACUUGUAAACAUAUUCACCCAUCAGUUUGAUUUGCGAGUAAUUGUCAUAGCGUUUGAUCGGGCACAUUCUGUCCUUCGUUUACUAGAAUCUCUGAACAGGGCUGACUAUGAAAAUGACAAUGUCAAGCUGGAGGUCUGGCUAGACCGUUCUAUAAAUGGAACCGUGGACCAAUUAACGGCGCAAACAGCGCGGGAAUUCCAGUUCCGUCACGGCGCGUAUGAUGUGAUCGUGCAUCCACGACAUGUUGGCAUAUAUGGGCAAUGGUUAUCUACAUGGAAUCCGAACAUUAAUCCGCUAGAAAUAGCCGUGAUUCUCGAAGAUGACCUCGAGGUGUCGCCACUAUUCUAUAGGUAUCUGAAGCUUGUGCAUUUAAAAUAUGACCAUGACCCGGAAAUUAACGGUUUUGCACUGCAAGGUCUGUCCAUUCAUCACGGGGUAAAAACAAGGCAGCGUUUCAUUAACUACAGAGAUGGCCAGUGUGUGUACCUAUAUCCGGUCCUGGGAACCUGGGGAUUUUCGCCGAGCAGAAAGAAUUGGGUUCGAUUCUUGGACUGGUAUGCGGAGGCAAGAAAAACACCCGACUUUAAACCGGAUGUUCCUGGGAAUGUAGCGACCUCUUGGUAUAACGUAUUGCUUGCACAGGGAAAGUCCAACACAAUGUGGUCGAUUUGGCAUAUUCACUUCGCCUGGAAGCACAAUGAGUACACGUUGUAUCCGAAUUUUAAAGAUCACCAGGGUCUGACCACGAACUGGAUGGAGCCCGGCUUGCAUUACAAGGCGAACAGGUCGAGACAAUCGAACCCUCUUCUAAAGACCUGGAAACCCGAAUGUGAGAAUAUGCCAGCACUUCCGGCCCGUCUAGAUAUAGACGGAAACUUUUCUAGUCCGCCUAUCCUUAAUAGUUAGCGAAAAGAACUCAAGUCCAUAUGUACGUGUUUUUAGACGUUGACGUGAUCCUUAUUGCGCCGUUUUCUGCUGUGAUGACUCAUUUACCCGCGUGAAAAGUUCUGACGGUAUAUGUAGCACAGCUGCAAACUCACAUGCCUCUGAUAAAACAUAAAUGCUCAAAUUCCAUAGAAGUGACAUACAACUUACAAAAAAAAAUAUUGUACGGGUGAUUUUUGCAUACACGGGUCGAACUUGUAAUUAUGAAGGACCUUACAUAAUAAAGCAGAUUUUUUCAUCAUUGUUUUCACUCAAUUGUCUUGUAUAAUAUUAUUCCAUCAUCUACAAUCAUAUCCUGAACUAAAUAUACAGACAUUGUUAACAAAAAUGAUUACAAAUAUCAGUUAAUUGAAUUGAUUUAUCCCCAGGUGUAAUUUUAUUUAGAAGAAUAUUCAAAUUAUGGGUCAUCAUACAGAAAAAAUCACGUGUUGUCAGUUCGAAAAUAAGCAGAGAUUUUUAAAUGCAUGAUGAAUUAAAGACGGUCUUUUUGUUGGCAUGUUACCAUUUAAACCCUGCUUAUGUAAGUUUGGACUCCAGAUAAUAACUCAAAUAAGAAAUAGACAUUGCAUUUAAAAUUCCUGGUGUGAUAAUGUGCAUUUUUAAACAAGAGGAACCUUUCAUCCAGUAGAAUUACUGCGUGUCCAAUCCUAUUAAUAAUGCUAAAUAUAACGA